GUGCUGGUCCUUGCUUGCCUGCCUUGUAUCCUACUGUGGGAUCUCACGAUGUGCUGCAUUAAAUGGGAUUGAACGAUGAGAGCCUCCCGCCGCCUCAGCUGCAGUCCCUCCGGGGGUCCCUGGGCCCAGGACAUGCGGUGAUCUCAGAGCAAAGGCAGCCACCACCACCCAGACCUCACCAGCCAUGAAUGCCCACCCCAAGGAGAUGGUGCCCCUCAUGGGCAGAAGAGCUGCUGUCCCCAGUGGGAACCCUGCCGUCCUGCAGGAGAAGAGGCCAGCAGAGAUCACCCCCACCAAGAAGAGUGCACACUUCUUCCUGGAGAUAGAAGGGUUUGAUCCCAACCCCACUGUCUCCAAGACUUCUCCCCCGGUCUUCUCCAAGCCUAUGGACUCCAACAUCCGGCAAUGCCUCUCUGGGAACUGUGAUGACAUGGACUCACCUCAGUCUCCUCAGGACGAUGUGACAGAGACCCCGUCCAAUCCCAACAGCCCCAGUGCAAACCUGGCCAAGGAAGAGCAGAGGCGGAGGAAGAAGCGGCUGAAGCAGCGCAUCUUUGCAGCCGUGUCAGAGGGCUGCGUGGAGGAGCUGCUGGAGCUGCUGGGGGAGCUGCAGGAACUUUGCAAACGGCGUCGUGGCCUGGACAUGGCUGACUUCCUCAUGCACAAGCUGACGGCCUCUGACACGGGGAAGACCUGCCUGAUGAAGGCCUUGUUAAACAUCAACCCCAACACCAAGGAGAUUGUGCGGAUCCUGCUGGCUUUCGCAGAGGAGAAUGACAUCCUGGACAGGUUCAUCAAUGCUGCAUACACAGAGGAGGCCUAUGAAGGGCAGACGGCGCUGAACAUCGCCAUCGAGCGGCGGCAGGGAGACAUCACCGCGCUGCUCAUCGCGGCGGGCGCCGACGUCAACGCUCACGCCAGGGGGGUCUUCUUCAACCCCAAGUACCUACACGAGGGCUUCUACUUUGGCGAGACCCCACUGGCUCUGGCGGCGUGUACCAACCAGCCUGAGAUUGUGCAGCUGCUGAUGGAGAAUGAGCAGACUGACAUCACCUCGCAGGACUCACGGGGAAACAACAUCCUACACGCAUUGGUGACAGUGGCUGAGGACUUCAAGACACAGAACGACUUUGUGAAGCGCAUGUACGACAUGAUCCUGCUGAGGAGCGGGACGUGGGAGCUGGAGACCAUGCACAACAAGGACGGGCUCACGCCACUGCAGCUGGCUGCCAAGAUGGGCAAGGCCGAGAUCUUGAAGUAUAUCCUCAGUCGUGAGAUCAAGGAAAAGCCACUCCGGAGUCUGUCCAGGAAGUUCACGGACUGGGCCUAUGGGCCUGUGUCGUCCUCACUUUACGACCUCACCAACGUGGACACUACGACAGACAACUCGGUGCUGGAAAUCAUCGUCUACAACACCAACCUUGAUAACCGGCAUGAGAUGCUGACCCUGGAGCCCUUGCACACGCUGCUGCAUAUGAAGUGGAAGAAGUUUGCCAAGUACAUGUUCUUCUUGUCAUUCUGCUUUUAUUUCUUCUACAACAUCACCCUGACUCUAGUCUCCUAUUACCGCCCCCGGGAAGAGGAGGCCCUCCCGCACCCCUUGGCCCUGACGCACAAGAUGGGGUGGCUGCAGCUGUUAGGAAGGAUGUUCGUGCUCAUCUGGGCCAUGUGUAUUUCUGUGAAAGAGGGCAUCGCGAUCUUCCUGCUGAGACCCUCAGAUCUGCAGUCCAUUCUCUCUGAUGCCUGGUUUCACUUUGUCUUUUUUGUCCAAGCUGUGCUUGUGAUACUGUCUGUCUUCUUGUACUUGUUUGCCUACAAAGAGUACCUCGCCUGCCUCGUGCUGGCCAUGGCCUUGGGCUGGGCAAACAUGCUCUACUACACGCGGGGAUUCCAGUCCAUGGGCAUGUACAGCGUCAUGAUCCAGAAGGUCAUUUUGCAUGAUGUUCUGAAGUUCUUGUUUGUAUAUAUCGUGUUCUUACUUGGAUUUGGAGUAGCCCUGGCCUCGCUGAUUGAGAAGUGUCCCAGUGACAAUAAAGACUGCAGCUCCUACGGCAGCUUCAGUGAUGCCGUUCUGGAACUCUUCAAGCUCACCAUUGGUCUGGGUGACCUGAACAUACAGCAGAACUCCAAGUACCCCAUCCUCUUUCUGUUCCUGCUUAUCACUUACGUCAUCCUCACCUUCGUCCUCCUCCUCAACAUGCUCAUCGCCCUGAUGGGAGAAACCGUGGAGAAUGUCUCCAAGGAGAGUGAGCGCAUCUGGCGUCUACAGAGAGCCAGGACGAUUUUGGAGUUUGAGAAGAUGUUACCAGAAUGGCUGAGGAGCAGAUUCCGGAUGGGAGAGCUAUGUAAAGUAGCAGAGGAAGAUUUCCGGCUGUGUUUGCGGAUCAAUGAGGUGAAGUGGACUGAAUGGAAAACACAUGUCUCCUUCCUCAACGAAGACCCGGGGCCCGUGAGACGGACAGCAGAUUUCGGCAAAAUCCAAGAUUCUUCCAGAAGCAACAGCAAAACCACCCUCAACGCAUUUGAUGAAAUAGAUGAGUUUCCGGAAACUUCGGUGUAGAAGCAAAAUCCAGAGCUGCUGUGAGCCUGGGCUGUCUGACACUGCUGUCUGGGUCCUGGACUCCGUGCUAAGGGCCUACAGCAGAACGUGGCCUUGCACUGCAUGCCCAGAAGUGGAAAACAACCUCAUGCCAAGUGGUGGCUGAGCUAAGAGGCAGCUGUCAGUCUGUUUGAAUGGGAAACACCUUGGAUUAUUUAUUUAUUUAUUUUUUACUCAGCGAAGGGUUUGUGUAAACCCAUGGCUAGGAGUCCUUGAAGUCCAGGGCGAAGGUCUGGGCUCACCAACUGCAGGACAGCUUGGCUGGGAGAAAGGGGUGGCAGGGAAGGGGCAGAGGCCUGAGGAGCAGAACUUCCUUCCUGCCAACAUCUCCUCGACAGCCCCCAGCCCCAGCCCUCACUUCCCACUGUCUCCCUUACUGGGACUGGGUCUCCUGAAUUUAAGCCGUUCUUGAUCCUAUCCCAUCCCAGAACAAACAGGACUGAACUAAGUCGGGCGUCCUGAGGGUCGAAGGGACUGAGCUCUGGAAAUGCUCUUCUGGACCCUUCCGGGAACAGGAAACUACCCUUGGAAUGAGUGCCUUGGUACCCCAAGGCUCGAACUGUCUCAAACUAAGAGACAUUUUUAGUAGAGUAAUUAACACAGGGUUUUUAUUUUCAAUAGAGAAAAAACAUUUCAGUUUUUGAACGAAAGUUACUUCAGAUGAAGUAUGUGAUUUUAAAAGCUGAGAAACAGAUUGGGGGAUUUGGGGCUGGAUAUAAGUAUUAUAUACUUGGUCUCAGCGUGGCCAGAGCAGGGACAAAAAGCUUUUCUUUACGGACACAAAAGUCCACAUGAGACGUGCCAGGCAGGGCCUGCGUGGGCUGCUGUGACCUGGGUGGCAGAGCUUGGCUCUUGUCCUCGCUCUGGCCCUGCGGUCAUGCAUGCCUCCCAGCUGGGAGCGGGGCUUCUUCUGAUAUAGAAAUAGCAGCUGCUCUGUUUCCAUGGUCUUAAAUCUCAGAGGUUACUAUUACAUAUCAGUACUUCUUAUUGGAGGAAUUUAACCAAAUACCCAGAAUGCUCUGGUAUUAAGUGUUUUUGUUAACUGUGAAUUUUGAGGCUGAAGAGAGGGAGUGUGAGAAAGGAGUGUUUGCCAAAACAUAGGGCUUCUUUUCAGAGCCUCAUCCUCUGAUUUUUCUCCCCCUGAAAUUACGCAGAGUCAGUCUGAGGCAGAGGUGAAGUGGGAAUGGGAGACUUCUUCCGGAUUACUGGAACUUAAACGACUAUAAAAUCUGCUCUGCCUUGGGAAUCCGGUCAAAGGAUUCAUGUGAGAGUUUUUAGAGGCGGGAUUAUCAAGGUAUUGACCACGAGUUUGAAUUUUAAAGGGCGUAAAAAUAAAUUUGGCCUUUUAGACAACUUGGCAAUUGGCUAGUGAAACUGGCUUGAGGCAAACUGAGGAGUGUGAGCCAAGCACUCUGGGCCACUCUGGGCCCUUCUCUCCACUCUGGGCUGCUCUGUGUGCCAGCUUCCCUGGGUGAGUGGACACUUGGCCUUUGUGUCCCUGAUGAGCUGGGGAUGAGAGAGGUGGGGUGGGUCUAGGAUGAGCCUGAGGCCUGCACACUUCGCUGUAGCCCCCGUACUCCCAGCUGAAGCUGACCAGGGCUCUAAGCUGUGGUGCUCAGAUCAAGCUCUGGUGUGAGCAGGGGUAGCAGGGAUGACGUCUGUUCUCUGGAAACAGAUGAUUGAGGGAGAAGGGUUGUCCUGGAGGCAGGAAGAGCACCUGUGUUCCAGAUGGGCAGAAACAGUGCCAAAGGAAAUUUCAAGGACAAAGAUUUUGGUUCCCUCCAGUCUAGCAAAUGCUCCAGAUAUUGAAGAUGUUUAAGCAGAACUCAUUAGGCAUGUUGUUAAGGAUCACAGUCAGAUGGACUGUGAGGUCCUUUUAGCCUGGAGGUCAGCAUCCUGUGUCUGGAGUUCCCUACUUGUGAAUAUCCAGAGCAGAUGUCCUGGUCUGAAGGGCAGCCAUUGGGAUCCAUGGUGCCAUGAUCUGGGAACUCCAGGAUUGUUUUGAUUUGGAUAGGAAUGGAUGAAGUUGCACAGCUCUCCAUUUCCCACUUGAACAAGGACUGCGGGGUGAGGCGAAUGGAAAUCAAUAAUGGGACCUUGUUCCUCUCACACAUCUGAAGAGCUGUUAUCUGUGGAUCUGGAUGGAAUUUGUUGGCAGGGGCAUUUUCUGUACCGUAUUCAUCCCUGAAAGACUUUCAGCCAAGGUCAUCUGAGUCUGGGUGGGCUUACCAAGGCGAAAGGAAGCAAUGAGUCAAAGAUCAUUGGUUUGAAAGAAUCAGUUCCCUUAUUUUAUACCUGAAAACUAAAGACCAGAAAAGAAAGUGGACUUGCUUAAAGCCAUACAGCCAUGUGGGAAGUCACAUCAGAACUGCUGGAGCCAGAGUGCUCUGACUCCUGGGCCACAGGUUUCUCCCAGGACAGUUUCAACAUAGUUAUUCAGUAAAUUUGAGCCUGCCUUUUGGUUGCCACAUAUAUUACGUCAGGGGGCUAAGGGAUUUUGCUCAGAUGAUUCAUGUUGACAGUCUACAUUGUCCCAGUGAUCCCCAGGACAGGUUUAAAACUCAAGUGUGCACAUGGGUGUGCACAAACCAUACACACACACACACACACACACACACCCCACAUCACACCGAAUCCACUGGCAUAUCAGGACUUCUUAAAACUUCAGGAUUUACAUUUCAGUAAUUUAAGGGAUAGGCAUUUUUCCAGGGAUGGAAUCCCCCAUGCUCAGAUAAUGGUUUUGGCUAGGAGUUUUCCUUUGGCUAAACUGCCUCAGGAGGAAUCUGUUAUUCUACACAUUAUGUGAUGAAUGCACCUGGAAUAAAAAUGCUGCUUACCUUCCUCUCUGGGAUGUAGCAGAAGGUGUGAAUUACUGUGAAGUAAUUAAGCUCUUAGAAGGCUCCUGCCUGAGAGAGCCCAGUAUUAUUGAAGUUCCUUUCCUUCCUCAAGGCCUGGUUUAACUGUGUCCUUUUGCUCUGGGCGGGGCCCAGGUGGAUGGGCCGUAUUCCUGGCCUGUAAGCCAUACUUGAGUUUUGCACUGAUUUACAUGUUUAUACUGUGAUCUUGGUUCCAAACAUAGAAUUAACAGCUUGUUCUUAUUGAAUGUGCCUAAUCCUUGUCAAUUUUAAUUCACAUACUUGUUCUUAGUGUUGUGUGUGUGUGAAAAUCAUAAAUAGAGUAAGAACAUUUUAAUGCCAUUGAAGAAAUGCUCUCAUGAUUUCUAAUAAAUAUUUAUUUUGC